AUGAUGGAGACAGAGCUCUAUUGUGAGCUGCAGACCAACAUGACCACAGUCACAACUGGUGUAGGACAAGCCCAGGCUACAGACCUCAGCAAUUUAUCACAUCCAGAAGCCGUUUCCCACACACAUAUUGACUUGAGGGAAGUGACCAUCAUGGCGGCUGUACUGCUGAUUCUUUCGGGGGCCACAGCAAUACUGCAAGCAGACUUACUUCCUGAUAAAAAAUUUUUGCUUCUUCCACCUGUCAAUUUCACCAUUAAGAUCACCGGUUUAGCUAAAGUUCUUUUACAGUGGGAGCCAGAUCCUCGUCAAGAGCGGAGAGAUGUUAAUCUUGCAUACAGGGUGAGAAUAAACGCACCGCAAGAAGAUGACUAUGAAACCAUGGACACUGAAAGCCAAUGUGUAACGAUCCUUCAUAAGGGCUUUUCAGCAAGUGUGCAGACCAUCAUUUGGGACGAAUACUCAGUCCCUGCCAGCAGCUGGGUUUCUGCAGAACUGAAAGAACCACCAGGGUCUCCUGGAACCUCAAUUGUGAAUUUAACUUGUACCACCAAUGCUGUAGUAAGUAAUUAUAUGCACUUAAGGCCGUACCAAAUGUCUCUUCGCUGCACCUGGCUUGUUGGCCAAGAUGCCCCUGAGGAUACACAGUAUUUCCUCUACUAUAGGUAUGGCUCUUGGACCGAAGAAUGCCAAGAAUACAGCAAAGACACACUGAAGAGGAAUAUUGCAUGCUGGUUUCCAAGGACUUUUAUCAAUAGCAAAGCGCGUGGCAGGCUUGCAGUGCAUGUUAAUGGAUCAAGCAAGCAUGCUGCAAUCAAACCGUUUGAUCAACUGCUUGCUCUUCAAGACAUUGACCAAGAAAAUCCUCCAGUGAACGUCACAGCAGGGAUUGAAGGAACUCGUCUCUCUAUCCAAUGGGAGAAACCAGUUUCUGCUUUUCCAAUCAGCUGCUUUCAUUACGAAGUUAAGAUUCACAACAUAAGGAAGGAUUAUGUUCAGACAGAAAAAAUGAUGAUCAAUACAUUCAGCUGGAUAAUUGAUGAUGUUUCUAAGCAUUCAGUUCAAGUGAGAGCAGCAGUGCACACUGUGUGUGGGAAAAAGGGACACUGGAGUGAGUGGAGUCAACCUAUUUAUGUGGGAAAUGAUGAGCAGGCACCUUCGACAGAAUGGUUUAUCAUUGUGCUGAUGUCAGCCAUUUGCUUCGUCUUGUUAAUGCUCUCACUUAUCUGCAGAAUUUGUCACUUAUGGACCAAGUUGUUUCCACCAGUUCCAGCACCUAAAAGCAACAUUAAAGAUCUCUUUGGAAGCACCAACUAUGAGAAAGCUGGUUCCAGUGAAACAGAAAUCGAAGCCAUAAGUUACGUGGAAGAGGCUGGACUGGAGAAUCUGGAAGAUUCUGUGUUUUGACGGUCUCUGUGGCAACCUUAUCUGAACUCACUCAUAUGCCUGGGUAAUAAGGAGACUGGGUCUGCUGUUUCUUGGCUGAGGGGUGUUUGGAGUUUGCCGAACACUUAAUUUAUCUGCAAGACAAUACACCCCAAAGUACCAGUCUUGCAUCUUUGAAAAGUGUGGAUGCUUCAUUGAAAUCUCCUCACUCACAGCAGAUGAUUGCGACUGAGGUGGCCGCAACUGAACAUUCUUCCUUUUU